CUGACUGUAGACUGUAGUGGCUUGUAGCGCUUGUGCUUGUAGCGCUUGUGCUUGUAGCGUGCGUGCAUUUGAUGGGUUACCUUUUAUGGUGAUCAAUGGUGAUUCGAGUAGCAAGAAAACAUUGGUUAAACUUGUAAUGUUCUAACGACAGAUCGAAGACGGAGAUCUUCUGACGAGAAAGUAAGCAUUGAGAAUUUUUCAUUCAGCUUGUUUUCUUCCAUCAUCGAUGUAUUUCAUCAAUUAUAUGCGAGCGACUGGUAGCGUUUGGUACUUUGUAAAUAUAAAGAUGACGGCAUCCCUGUGAAUGAAUAAGCGGCCCGUUUUAUGUCGCGAGUAAUCUUGUUGUACGUGACACUCAGGUACCACGUCGAAAGUAUACGUGAAAAGAUGGUAGAAAAGUCGUAGAUCGACGCGAAUCAUUCGUAAGCACAGAUAAGUGUGCUGAGAAAUCACAUAUCUGUAACUUGAGACUUGUUUCUGCCGUUGCCGAACUAUCACCUGGCCACCACACAAGUUCAAAUUGAGAAAACAGGUUGAACGGAAUCGUGUUUAUCCGUGACGAGGUGCUGCUCUGCCAAGUAUUAAAGUUCUACUCUCUAUAUUUAUAACUGAGCCUGCCCCAGUACGCCCUAGUUUUAAAUAUUAAACAAUGGGUAGAACGUUCGGCAGCUUGAGAUGGAUCGUUAUAAUAGCAAUAGUUACAUCGUUCGUAACAGGAAACUAUUCACCUCCAGAGAGAUUGACCGGAAUGAAUCCUUGCAUCAGCAAGCAAACGUGUCAUGAAUGCGUACAAACGCCGCACUGCGCUUGGUGCGCGGCACCAAAAUUCUCUGAGAAACGGUGCUUUUUACCAAACAUCAAUACCAAAAUAUUUGCAACUUGUCCAACGGAACAUACGUGGAAUCCAGAUAAUGUUUUCAGUAUGAUAAGACAUAGAAAUUUAACAAAAGGUGGCUAUGCAAGCGGUGGUGGUAUUACUGGUUACGAGUAUUCCUCCACGAAUUACAGUGCCACUUCACAAUCGCACAGUACUAGCAGCAGCAGCAGCAGCAGCAGCAGCAGCAGUGGACGAAGGCAAGAGGCUGUACAAAUUUGGCCCCAAGAAGUAAAUUUGAAACUCAGGAUAAAUGAAGCGCAUAGAAUGACUUUUGCGUACUCGCAAGCCGAAGAUUAUCCCGUCGAUUUGUAUUACCUUAUGGAUCUGAGUAAAUCGAUGGAGGACGAUAAGAAGAAACUGUCGGAUCUGGGUCAACUUCUGGUAGAAAGUAUGAGUAAAAUUACGACUAAUUUUCGGCUGGGUUUCGGCAGCUUCGUCGACAAAGUCGUAAUGCCGUAUGUCAAUACAAUGCCUAAAUCGUUGAUAGAACCGUGCGACGGAUGUGCAGCACCGUACGGUUACAAGAACAUCAUGAGACUGUCUCAAGAUACUAGUCAUUUCGCGAGCCUGGUACGGAAUGCAUCGGUGUCCGGUAACUUGGACGCACCGGAGGGAGGAUUCGACGCGAUAAUGCAAGCUAUAGUCUGCAGACGAGAGAUAGGUUGGCGCGAGAAGGCUCGCCGACUCUUGGUGUUUUCUACGGACGCCGGUUUUCAUUAUGCGGGCGAUGGUAAAUUGGGUGGAAUCGUGAAACCGAACGACGGCGAGUGUCACCUGGACACCACCGGACUUUACACGCAUUCGUCUCUACAAGAUUAUCCGAGUAUCUCUCAGAUCAAUUUAAAGGUGAAGCAAAACGCCAUCAACGUUAUAUGGGCCGUCACCGAGGAACAGAUAAACGUGUACAAAAGGUUGACCAAACACGUGGAAGGAUCGUUCGCCGGAAAAUUGUCCGAUGACUCGAGUAACGUAGUCGAACUGAUUCGUGAACAGUACGACGCGAUUUCCAGUUCGGUCGAGAUGAAAGAUACGGCCAGCAGCGCUGUGAAAGUCAAGUAUUUCUCGAAAUGUUUGGGUACCGGACCACUGAUCGAAACUUCGAAAUGCGAUGGGCUGAAAGUUGGAACGAAAGUGGAAUUCACCGCGGAGAUCGAAGUGACCAGCUGUCCGGAGAACAGGUCCGAAUGGACACAAAGAUUCGAUAUUUACCCGGUCGGUAUAAACGAGACGCUCACUGUGAACUUGAAGAUGUUGUGCGAUUGUGAAUGCGAACGGGAGGGUAUUAUGUACGAGCCAAAAUCGGCGGAAUGCAACGGUGUGGGAACUCUGAAAUGUGGCGUUUGCGAAUGUUACGAUGGAUUCUUUGGAAAACGUUGCGAGUGCAGCCCUCAUCAGGAAAUGGCAGGGUUCGACAAAAAUUUCCAAUCUUGCAGGCCUGACAACGUCUCGCUCGUAGACUGUUCGGGAAGGGGCACUUGCGCUUGCGGUCAGUGCGAAUGCGAGGAGAGAGAAAAUCCCGAGGAGAUAAUAUCGGGCCACUUUUGCGAGUGCGACAAUUUCUCUUGCGAUCGAGAUCAAGGUCGUUUGUGCUCGAAUCAUGGAACGUGCGAAUGUGGCCAGUGCGUUUGCAACGCGGGUUGGACCGGUCCAUCGUGCAACUGCCGAUCCUCCAACGAGACUUGCAUCGCGCCAGGAACUACGAACGGAGUGUUGUGUUCGGGACACGGAGACUGUAUCUGCGGCGAAUGCACUUGUCACGAGGAAGGGAACGUCAGGUAUUCCGGCAAGCACUGCAACAAGUGUCCGACCUGCCCGAGCCGCUGCGAAGAACUGAAGAACUGCGUGCUCUGCCAGAUGUACGGUACCGGGAAUUUUAGUGAUAAAGAGGAGUGCGCGAGAAAUUGUAGAGAAUUCGUUCCCGAACCGGUCGAUACGGUUAUACAGGACGUCGACGAGGACGAGGUCCUGUGCUUCGGUAUAGACGAAGACGAUUGCAAGUAUAAUUUUGUUUACUAUUACAACGAAACGAAUUGCCUCCAAGUCCGGGCUCAGAAGGAGAGGGAAUGUCCGCCGCAAGUGUACAUGCUCGGUAUAGUGUUGGGCGUGAUAGCAGCCAUCGUUUUGAUCGGCCUCGCAUUGUUACUUUUAUGGAAAUUAUUGACGACCAUACACGACAGGAGAGAGUUCGCGAGAUUCGAGAAAGAGAGAAUGAUGGCCAAAUGGGACACGGGAGAGAAUCCGAUUUAUAAACAAGCGACCUCGACGUUUAAAAAUCCAACGUACGCCGGAAAAUGAGAGGAACGACGAUGGAAAUCUCCGUUCGGAAAGAGGGAAUCAUCUCAUCGCAGUAAAUUGUGUUUACGCACGCACACACACACACACACACACACACACACACACACACUUUUGAUCAGUUAAUAUUUACAUGGUAAAAAAGAAAAAUCAUAAAUGUCCAGCGAACGAAGUUUUAGUUGUUAACGCAGUAACUUAGACAAGUAUUUAACGGUAUCUAAUGUAAUCUCGCGAAAUUUGUUCGAAUUAUUAAUUAAGUAAGAUAUCGCGCGAUACUGCCAUAUAAAAUAACUUACUAUUAGACUGCUAUGUAUGAAUGCGUGUGUAUGCGUGUAGGUGUAAAUUAUGCACUGUACACGGUGUGUUGUACGAUGAAAAAUUGCAAAUUACUAAUCGAACAUCUGCGUGAAAAUAAUGCUGGUGAAGCGGUCAAAACUUACGGUGAUCGUACCGUGACAUUUAUUCGAAGGUGCCUUCCGUCUUACGAUGAAAAUAUUUUAAACUUUCAAACUUUAGAUCGACCGAUCCGUUCGAACGUUUCGAACAUGAAUGUACCACCAACAACAACGGUUGACACGGAAUCGAGGAUCUGCUUUUAUAUUUAUAUAUUAAUUAUAUAUAGAAUAAACUAUGUGAGUGUACCACGACGCGCACAGAUUUUACACGAUUUCAAAUGUUUUUUAUAGCCGCUGAUUUUGAUAAAUCCUCGUUUCGUUUUAGACUCUGCCGAGUGUCUACACGAUUUUGAUGGUUUUUUUUUAUAAAUAAUCCGAAUAGUGUCAAAAUGCAUAUAGAAAAUUGUAUAAUAAAUGUUGUAAAAACUAGCAAGAUGCGUAUAGUGUGUAAUAUAGAUAUAAAUCAUUUUGCCGUUAAAAGCGAUGGAAAUGCUGCAUUUCUAAAAUUAAUGUAGCAUUCGACUGCAACGCGGGUUCUUUACGAUAGUUAUAAUAAUCAUCAGAAGCUCGACGGACGAAGGAGUUAGGUCGUUGGAGGUUAGUCGUUGAACGAACGAACGAAAAUGAAUAUUUUAAAUGCGUUCAAGAACUAAUGCCUUAAUUAAUACGUUGCCGCAAUUGUUACAAUAUUAUGCUGACGACAGUAGACGAAUCUGGAGCGCUUUAUUCUCAUUUAUACGUAUCUUUAGACGUGCCAAUGUAUAAAACAAAGAAAUUGUGCAUAACAAUAAAGUGCAUUUUUGAAUUCA